GAACUGAACCGAACGAAACCGAAUCGAAGCACAUCGUUUCUGCCCCCAUCAAUUUGGGUGCUUCACGCUUGGCGGUUUGAUUCGGUUCUUUGCAAACCGUUAUAGCGCGGAAACAAACCUCUCUCCCUCUCUCUCUCUCUCCAAUCAUCCGCCAACUAGAUACACAAUAGCUAUAGAGCGAGAAUCUGUAGAGUACAACAGAGUUUUCCACUGAAUGGACGGUUCCUUCAAUCCUCGUUCUCUCCACCACCAAAACCUCCUCUCCGCCAAUUAAACCCCAAUGCUAGAACCCAACAACACGGCUCCCUACGCCGCCGCCAACGGCGCCUCUUCCAACCGCCCCAAGCCCCCGCAGCGCCCCCUCAAGGUCCCCGCCGGCCACGUCCUCUUCCGCCUCCUCUGCCACGCCUCCCGCGUCGGCGGCGUCAUCGGCAAGUCCGGCGCCAUCAUCAAGCAACUCCAGCACGACACCGCUGCCAAAAUCCGCGUCGAGGACUCCCCUCGCGGCGCCGCGGACGAGCGAGUCGUCGUCGUCGUAGGCUCUAGCGCCGCAAACGGAAGAAUCGCGUUGGGGGAGGGAGAGGGUUGCGAGGUGUCUUCGGCGCAGGAGGCGGUGGUUAGGGUUUUCGAGAGGAUCGUCGACGUGGCGGCGGAGGCGGACGGAGUAGCGGCCGCGAGUGGAGUGGUGUCGUGUAGGCUGUUGGCAGAGAACGGGCAGGCAGGGGCGGUUAUUGGGAAAGGAGGGAGGGUUGUUGAGAAGAUUAGGAAGGAGACUGGGUGUAGAAUUAGGGUUUUGAGUUCAGAUAAGUCGCCGCAUGGUGAUGAAAUCAUUGAGAUCGAGGGUGAUAUUCUAGGUGUUAAGAAAGCACUUGUUUCCGUCUCCAGCUGUCUUCAAGAUUGCCCCCUGGAUGAUGGAGCAAAAAUGGCUGGGAGCCGACCUGUUGGGUUAAUUCCCCAAGAGACCUUUCAGGAUCUGAGUGUGGAUCUUCCUCCUCAGAGGAUUUCAGUGCCUCCAUCUAUGCCAGCUAGCUCUUUUACUCAUGCCUCAGGAGGUCGCCCGUUCUUGAGAGAGUCUGAGAGGGCCCCCAACCUGGAGUUAAGAACUCAACCACAAGAAGUGGGUUUCAGGUUUCUCUGCCCCAGUGAUAGGGUGGGUGCUGUAAUUGGCAAGGGAGGUACAAUUGUCAGGGCUCUGCAAAAUGAAACAGGUGCUUCUAUAAGUGUUGGAGCUCCUGUAGCCGAGUGUGAUGAGCGGUUAAUUACUGUUACUGCGAUGGAGAACCCCGAAUCUAGAUAUUCCCCGGCACAAAAUGCAGUAGUUCUUGUUUUCAGUAGGUCUAUGGAGGCUGGUGCUGAAAAAGGGCUAGAUUUAAGCUCAAGUAAGGGGUCGCCUGUUUUGGCACGUCUUGUAGUUCCCUCGAAUCAAGUUGGCUGUUUGUUGGGAAAAGGGGGUGCAAUUGUUUCAGAGAUGAGGAAGACAACUGGUGCUUUCAUACGCAUUAUUGGGAAUGAGCAAGCCCCAAAGUGUGCUUCACAAAAUGCUGAAAUAGUACAGAUUACAGGAGAGUUUGUUAAUGUACGAGAUGCCUUAUAUAAUGUGACUAGCAGACUGCGGGAUAACCUCUUUUCCAGCAGGAUAACAAAUGGUGCCGGGACUAGGAGCAGUUCCUCUGUGAUAACUGAGGCAAGUCCAUAUGGAAGAGCAAGGGAUCCUUCCUCUCUUGGGUUGCCUACAUCUGUUGGUGUCUCUCACAAUUCCAAUUUGCAUUCUUUAACAUACAGUAUGAAUCAGCUUGGACUAUCCCACCAUAAUGAUCGUCCUUCGUCACCAAGUUUGUGGGAGUCACAGACAGUUGCUGGAAUGGACCCAAGGAGCAUAGUGGAUGUUGGCAAAGGACCGACUUCUAUCAAAGGUGGCAUAGAGCUUGGCAGUGGAGGCAGAUCCGCUAUUGUGACAAAUACAACAGUGGAAAUCAUAGUUCCUGAAAAUGUGAUUGGCUGUGUUUAUGGGGAGAACGGUAGCAAUCUGGCUCGACUUAGACAGAUUUCUGGGGCAAAAGUUACGGUGCAUGAACCUCAUCCUGGAAUGACUACCGACAUGAUGGUUGUUAUAUCCGGCACCCCCGACGAAACCCAAGCAGCUCAGAGCCUCCUCCAAGCAUUCAUUCUUACAGGAUCAUCAUGACAAGAUCAUCCGCCUCUUGUAAUCAUAACACUUUAUAUCUUAUAUUUACUUUUUUAACACCACAUAGAUUUUUGUUUGGUCCUAACUUUUUAUACACAAGUUUUUGGGGUGUUGUAACUAACUGUAUCUAUGCAACACCAUCAUCAUUUUUUGAAAGCAUUCCAGACUUGUGGAAUUUUUUGUACUGAGAUGGACAUGGGCAGACUUCUGUUUGGUUGAUUGGACGACUGGCGCAGAGAAAGCAUGAGACUAUUUGCAUUGUGCUGCAUUUAGUAGCAGAUUUCCUCUGGAUUCCAUGAAUGUAUCAUGUGUGGCUCUUGCGAAGAUAAAAUAUUGUCGAAAGUUGUAUGCCACCACCAGAAUUGUUUAAUGUGCUGCACCUCUUUAUUGGAAUGGAAAGUGUGAUCAGAUCUUUCCAUUCUGCCUUCUGAAUGAUAUGAUGUCUCCAACAAGCGCAAUUUUCCCAUUACAGGAGCUCUAUGCUGUCAUUGUGCUUGCAAAAUGAAACGCUAUUAAAACGCAAAUGGGUUAAUGCUAAUAAAACCAGAUGGGACUAAAACAAAACGACUGUACUACCCGAAUUCCAGUCACUUAAAUUAUCAACAGACCAAUGUACCAAAUUUCAUGCAAGCAAAAACAUCAAAUAUUGAAAUGGGGUAUAACCAUUUACAUAUUCAAGCAAAGAGGAAUCUUGUACAAAGUAGUGUAUAAUUCACCAAAUACAAGCAGCGUUGUUAUUGAAAACUUAGAAACCAUAAUAGCACAUGCCUGAUGAAACACUCCCAUUGCACUUCAUACCCAGCAUAUCGGGGAAAAACAAACACUCAGUGACUAAAUUGGAAAGCAUAGAAUAUAUACUCGUAGAACACAACAUCCACAAACUUGUGUAUCAGUUUCAUUGGAGUACCAUAUUUGAUGAAAUCAAAUGCAUAGCCUCUCAAUUCUUUGCAACUGCCUCAGUUGUUGCUGC